GCCAGUGCCUUAUCACACUCUGAAAGAGAAAGGAAAGGGUCAAGUGUCGAGGUUCCCCAGCUGAUGGUUGCUGGCUCUUUUAUUAUUAUUAUUUUGUUUUGUUUUGUUUGUUUGUUUUAUUUUUUUUGUCUUCUCCCUUCAGAAAUUACAAGACCUGCUGCUUUACUUGCCAGUCUCGGGUCUCGUUGCAUCUUAAUUGCUGUUCCUUCUUCGGCUUGGAUGCAUUUCAAUCAUCCACUCAGCUGGUGGAUCAAGCGAUCGAGUGCAGCAACUGUGUGAGAGAGGGCUGCGAUCUAUGCUUUCGUUAACAGUGAUAGUUUAGCUUCUGGGUCGUGGUUUGUGCGGUGUAGAGUGUGUUUAUUUUUGUCUAGGCAGCGAGAGGUGUUCUCUGAGGUUUUAUCGCACUUGUGUUGCGAGGACUGAUUGAUGAUCUGGUAACGUUGGAGAAGUCGCCGGAGUCGUAGUUAAGCUACGGAGCCUGUCAAUCUGUCAAGAUGCCCGAGACAGUGGAAAUCAGGACGGUGGUGCUUCGGGUGAUGCUGCACUGCGAAGGUUGUGCUCACACCGUAAAGCGAGCUUGCGCCAAGAUUCCUGGUGUUACAGCCUACAAAGUGGACUUUCCAGGGCAGCUGGUAACUGUGACUGGAAAUGUAACCCCAGAGGAAGUGUACAGACGCAUCAAGAAGACUGGAAAGCAGACCGAGCUCGUGCCUCCUCCACCUCCUGCUAAGAAAGAGGAGCCCAAGAAGGCGGAACCCAAAAAGGAGGAAAAAAAAAAGGAGGAGAAGAAGGAAGAAAAGAAAGAAGAAAAAAAAGAGGAGAAGAAAGAGGAGAAGAAAGAGGAGAAGAAAGAGGAAAAGCCAGCAGAUGAUAAGGCUAAAGCAGGAGGUGGUAAGAAGAAGAAGAAAGGUGGAGGUGGUGGAAAUGGUGGAGGAGGAGGAGGAGGAGAUAAGAAGGCUGAUGCUCCAAAAGCAGAAGAAAAGAAGGAGGAAAAGAAAGAGGAGAAGAAAGAGGAGAAGAAAGAAGAAAAGGAGGAAAAGAAGGAAGAUAAGGAGAAGGAGAAGCCCAAAGAUCCACCCAAACCUAAGGAAGAGAAGAAACCACCACCCACACCCGAAGAACUCUAUCCCGUCACCUUUGUGCUUGGCCAAGAUUACACUAGAUAUUACUACUAUUGACAUAACAAUCAAGCAAAUUAAUCUUAGAUCAACUUGUACAAUUACUUUGGUUGCCAUAUUUUCUAGAAGCUAGAUGUAAAGGAUUGUGUCCAAUUACUAUUACAAACUUGAACAUGGCAACCAAUGAUGCUAAUAUCUAGCAGGAAAGUUUUGAAUCAAUCUAAGAUGAUUUUUGUCUUUAAA